AUGUCAGACUUAAACUUAUUUUCCGAAAUUGUUAAAACUCUUGACUUUUCUAACGCCUCUAAGGACCGUCUACUUUAGUUCAUUUAGCAAAGAGACUAAAGAGUCAUUUCUGCUUUGACAAGUUUCAUAAAAUCUAGAGAGUCAGCUGUCUAAGAUGCUCAAAAGCAUUAAGCAAUGGUUUAGUUAAAGAGAGAAUUAGAAGUUGUUUUGUUCGGAAGAGCUAUUAAUGCUUAAAAUGUAACAACUACCUAAAUAACUUACACUACCAACGUCUCAAACACUCCUUAUAGUCCUUCAUAAACACCUUACACUGUUCCUACUACCGCCGGUAUUACUUAUACUCCUACUACUACAACAACAAAUACUUAUACAACAGGUAUUUCUUCUAUUCCUGCUUCCAGUACUGGAAACAUAGGUGGAGUGUCUUCUUACACCACCUAAACUUACAAUAUUCCAUCAACAACUUUAUAUUCAAACUAAACAUAUGGAGCCUCAACCUUACCUACUAAUACCGCAGCAACAACAACAACAACUAAUUACACUGCAAAUUAAGUAAGAUAACCCAACUCUAACUCAAACUCUGCUUCUAAUGAAUAUUAUGCUAACUUGAUGGCUUAGUAUUAGAAUUAAGGUGCCACUGCAGGUAAUGGUACUUCAAAUUAAAGCUAAUAAGAAGAUGGUGAUGAUAAAGUAAAGAGAGCAGCAGCUAGAAAUUAACUUCCAAAUUACUAGGCUACUUCAGUAUAAACAAAAUCAAUGAAGAAUGAGGUGGAAUACGAUAACAAAAUUGAGAGUAUUAGAGCUUAACACAAGCCAAAAUAGGAUUAAAAAAUUUAGGUUAAUGUUAGACAAAUUUAAAAGGAGUAAUAGAGACUUAAAGAGUUUACAGAGAAAUGGUAACCAGGCCAACCUUUACACAAAGAUUUGUAUGAACUUUUCUAUAAAAUUGUUAACGAACUUGAUUUCGCAACUUUUUUAUCUCUCCGUCAUAAGCUCCACAUUGAUGAAAUUGGUGUCAAAGAUCUUGUUAAAGGUUAAUAGGAAAUUCUUAAGGCAAAACUUGAAAACAAAUAAACUGGUAUUAAUCCAAACGAAUUUCUUACCUUGAUGAGCGCUGGAUCUCUUAACACAGAGGAUGUAUUCUACUUGUUACAAAUCUUUUUCUACCUUGAUUUCAAUAACAACGGUUUAUUGGAUGCUGAUGAAAUUUUACUUGGUUUUGUCAUGCUCUCAAACUCCUCAGAAAAGGAAAAGCUUGAAGCCGCAUUUACAAUUGUUGAUGAAGAUGGAUCUGGUACCCUUGAUAUUUCCGAAAUGACUACCUACAUGAGAAGUGUUAUUCGUAUGGGUGAUGGCCGUAGAGUUAGUUAGGAUAUGGCUUUUGAACAUGAAUUCUUAAUUGAAAAAAUUGCUGCUGCAACCGCUUAGGGUAUCUUCAAAGAAAUGGAUCUUAACUUCGAUAAUCGUAUUUCAUAUGAAGAAUUCAUCGUAUGGCACAAUCUCCACGGAACAGAUAUUGAAGGAAUAAAAGAAGAAUAGGUACACGUCUAAAAAAUUUUGGCUGAAGCUAAAAAGGAUAGAAACGAAAAGUUGUUGAAAUUCAAUGCUUUUACCAAAUAAAAUGAAGACUAUCAAAAGAUUACAAACGAAAGACUUUAAAAAGUAUUAGAUUCUAAAUUAAACGAAUCAAGCAUCAAUACUUUCAGAUAAAAAUUACAACUUUAAGAUGUUAAAUUUUUGGAUGCAGUUCAUUUCCUUAAAGAAUAUAAGGUUUCUGAAAGACUUGGUUUUGGUGCUUUCUUCUAAUUUAUGAAAGAGCUAUACGUAAAGUGCUCUGUUAAUAUUGACUUAAAUGCUCUUAAAAAUGAAUUAACUGACUUUUACAGUGCUAUUGAUAUCGAUAAUAAUGGAUUUAUUGACUGGAAUGAAAUUCUUGGUGCUUUCUCUUUACUUUGUACUGGUACAGAAAAUGAAAAAGUCAGAGGUAUUUUUGACGUUUUUGAUCAAAAUGAUGACCAAAUAUUAUAAUUCAAUGAACUCUAUACUCUUUUCUAAUCCUCCUUUAAUCUUAUCUUCAUGAGAAAUCCUGAUUCUGAAUUAGCCAGAUAGGAUCCUGCUAAAUUAGCUUUCUCCAUGGCUCUUUCUGCUUUUACUGAUAACAAUCUUGAUCCAUAUACUCAUGGUCUCGAUUUAAAUACCUUCUCAAACUGGUAUAAGAAAUUCGAUAUCAUUUGA